CUAGGGCCGGCACUACGUAGUGCUGUUGUGUUCAUGCUGAACUAUGGAGUUGGCCUACGCCUAGCCCUCGUGUGCGGCGGGAAGGGGAGACUUGUGGAGGAGCUUCCCACCUCCCUGUUCUUCCUUCCUGCUCUUCGUCUUCCAUCUGCCCCUCCACUCCGAAAUUUCUUGCAGACCGUCUGUUGUGCGUCUUCUCACCGUCCUGUGUCCCUCAACCGUCUCCUCAGGCUUAAGGCGCUGCUGGCGAAGACGGAUCUAAGUACGACAACAGAGAGAAGUUUAAGGAAGCAGUUGGAAGAGGAAUUGGGGGCAGACUUGUCGGAGAAGAAGCUGUUCAUAAGGUCACACUUGGAGGCGUACUUAAAUCAAGGGGCGACGGCAGAGGACGGAGAAGAGGAGGGUGAUGAUGAUGCUGGGGAGAAUGGAGCAGACGAUAACGGCGAGGAUCCCGACGGUGAGGUGGAAGAUGAAGAGGAGGAUGAAGAGGAGGAGGAGGUCGACAACAAAAAGCCCAAACCGAAGAAGGGAAAGGUUGAAGUUGGACAGAAGAGAAAGGCAGGGGGUCUGAGCAAAGGCCACAAGCUGUCAGAGGGCCUGGCUUCAGUUCUGGGCGUGGACGAGCUUCCUCGUACUCAGGUUGUAAAGAUGUUGUGGGAGUAUAUAAGGAAGCAUAAUCUGCAGGAUCCACAAAAUAAGAAGAACAUCAUAUUUGACGAGAAGCUGCGCUCAAUUUUCGGAACCGCGACAACGGACAUGUUCAAGAUCAACAAGCUUCUUUCAAAUCACAUCCUACCAUCUGAAAAUGGUGCUUCGAACGGACAGCCACGCCCCAAGAAGCCGAAGACAGAGGGAAAGGACAAGCAUGAAAAAGGAGGAGGGGGGAAAGUUUCUGGGUUUUCCAAACCUCUCCCUAUCUCCCAGUCUCUGAUUGACUUCCUGGGCACUGGUGUCAAGCAACUGGCGCGUUCUCAGGUUGUGAAGGAAAUGUGGCAAUACAUCAAGACAAACAACCUGCAGGAUCCGAACGAUAAGAGGAAGAUCCUGUGCGAUCAGAAGCUCAAGAGGCUGUUGAAAUGCGACUCAUUCAAUGGGUUUGGAAUGACAAAGCUGCUCUCUCCUCAUUUCCUGAAAUCAAGGUUGUGGAUGGGAGAAACUGACUUCCAGUUUCACAAGUUUCUCGACCAACAGGCCUCCCACCUUCUCGUGAGAAGUGGGAGGGAAGAGGAGUGGGUGGGUGGGUGGGUGGUCGAUCCGGAGAACAGAUUGUUUUAUCGUAGACGUUACAGCAGACGAAGUUCAGAGCUGAACUGCAAAUUUGGAAAGGAGUAGACCUAAAGACACUGCUGAGUGGUUUCGAUGUUCUAGUUCCUACAGCUGUAUCAUCAGCCUGUAUGUUAUUUCUUUGGUCUUUCUCUUCGCAGCUCAGUGGUCAUUGGUCCCCCCGGCUUGUGUGGCAUGUACAGGACAGGUAAGUCGAGCUAACUGUUCUGAUGGAUUUUUUCACAUUGAACCUGGCAGCGUAAGGGGGUUUCACGUUGAACCUGGCAGAGUAAGGGGGUGGGUUCUUGUGCUCAGCUGCUUGUUUCAAACCAUACACACACAACCGGUAUGUAGUAUAUAGCACAAACACACAGUGAUUGUCGGAGACCAAGAUGGGAAUCAGUUUUGAUGAGGUCCGGCGGCAGUCGAGAUUGGGAUUCAGUUUUCAGGAGAGAUUGUCUGUGUAUGGUGAUUCAUUGGUGAAGUGUAAUUCGAAAUAGAUACACAGAAUUAGGAGGGAGAGGUGGGGCCAGGGAAAUCAUCAGAACACUUGCUUUCUGAAGCAGAAUCAUGUUGGCAAUACACAUGUGAAUCGGUAUGAUGAAGCGCGGCUUGAAAUGGGUACAUAUGGGGAGAGGACGGCGAUGCGUCAGGUUUGUUCAUGGAAUGUGCAUGCAUUGCGCACUUCCGUACGAGUAAAUGAGUGGAAGCUCUGUAGCUUCGACUACGGGUGCGGGAGAGAUGUCGCAUGUGUGUGUAUGGAACAGUCGGUCGGAGCGUAUGGAACAGUCGGUCGGAGCAGAUUCCAACUGGCUGGCAUGCCUGAAUGGUGGUGGGUAGGGAGGGGAAUGACAACUGUUAUUUGUGUCUCUGGUCUUUAGCCCGAACACCCAAAUUCGGGAUCGCACAAACUUUGCAGAGCUAGUUUGGCUGACAACCCGUGCAAAAAUCGUGUCACAAGGAGUUGUAUGGGCACUCUUUGACCAGGACUCGGCAUAGAGUUCGGGUUUGGCAUAGAGAGACACAGAACUCUGCAUAUAGAGUUCUUGUUCGGCAUAUAGAGAAAGAGGGAGAGAAAGAGGGAGAGGAAAGAGAGCGACAGAGAGGGAAUGAAAGAGGAGGGGGAGAAAGAGAGGAGGAGAGAGUAUGGGAGAGAUAGGGAGAGAAAGCGGCGGGAGAGAAAGUGGGAGAGAAAGCGGGAGGGAGAGAAAGUGGGAGAAAGAGGGAAAGAAAGAGGGAGUUCUUGUUCAGCAUAUAGAGAACGAGAGAGAAAGAGGGAGAGGAAAGAGAGUGACAGAGAGGGGAUGAAAGAGGGAGAGAAAGAGAGAAGAGGGAGAGAGCACGGGAGAGAGAGGGAAUGGGGAGAGAAAGCGGGAGGGAGCGGGAUAGAAAGAGAGAAGAGGGAGAGAAAGCGGGAGAGAGGGAGAGAAAGAGAAAGAGGGUGAGCUGGAGGGAGAGGAGGGAGAGAAAGAGGGAGGGAUGAAGGGAGAGGAGGAGGGCGAAAGGAGAGGGAGAGGGAGGGAGAGGAAGAGGAAGGGUAGGAGAGGUAAACUGGUGAGGUAAACUGGUGAGGGGAGGGGUGAAAUGGGGGAAGAGAGUACAUGGCAUCAAUUGGAUGACAUGCUUGGUGGUGCGAAGGAUUGUGCCGACCUAUCGUGUGUGCUUACACAAUAGCUGAGAGGAGACGGAAGAGUGUACAAUAGGCCAUAUGGACCCAAGUGGAUCGUCAGUUCUUUCUUUCCUCUUUUCAAUGCCUGGUGCAAAUACUGGUCGCUGGAGGAUCUGCCAGAUUCUGCCUCUUCUUUGCUAAUGAACGCUGACAGCUUGAUGUUCUUAUCUAAUUUGCUGACAGCUUUUCCAUCUUCUUGCACGAGAUGGAGUGGUGACCGGCUGCUCAUUUUCUCCCAAGCGAUCUUCUCCCAGAGUUAUCGAGGGUUUGCAAAACAGGGGUCCUGAAAUGAUGAGGUUUCCGUUCUUGUCCGGGACUUCGCAGGGAUCCAUCCAGGCUGCUCCAGCUGCUUCAGAG